AUGUCUCGGCAGGCGCAAUCAGCUCGCGUCUAUCACCAUUGGAAGCAUCUUCUCACAUUGCAAUCGCAACGCCGCGAUUUAGUGGUCGAGGUUCUCGUGGCACGAGCGGCUAGACAGCAUGCAUCGGUCACUCGAGCUCCGACCUACAUAGCCACCACCAAAAUGCACUCCUUUACGAGGUUGCUCUUUCGCUUGGAGCCGAAGCCAUAG